UAACGUGCGACACAAUGGGCGGGUACCUGCUUGUGAUCAGUGACGUUGCAGAAAGAAAUGGUGUAAUAAAUGAAAUGAAGACGAAAUUACUCAAGCUUCGGUCAAACAAACACCUGGAUUGGUGGAUGGGGCUAGAGUUUGAUAGAGAAACCGCGAAAUGGAACUGGACUACCGACGAAGACUUUAACCGAAGACUUACGGAAUGGGAGCCGGGAUGGCCGAGGAAUGAGUCCUGUGCUGUGUUCCACUACACACAGUGGAGUCUUAAGGAUGACAAAUGUACUAUGGAUCACCCGUCCAUCUGUGAACAAAACCGCACAGUUUUAACAACCACAACCGCCCCCACUCCCACUAUUACUGUUGCGCCAGUCACCACCACUGAGGAGAUGGUAACGAAACAAGAACCAACUAAAAACAUAACUGGAUCAACGGGUAAAUCACCGAACACCAACAAGCCUACCAGCAAAACCAACCCGCCAGCGCCGACGACACCGUCUGAAGAGAGAGAAAGGGAAGCUGAAUUGGAAAAUUUUAAUGGCUGUUACGCUGUAAACUACGAGAGCAUUUGUCCACCCGUGCAGGCAUUUGGGAUUUCGUGGCCGCGCUCAAACCCCGGACUUGUGCGGGUCCAGUGUGGACACGGAAAAGCAAUGUGGCACUGUUCUCAGAACCCAGUUGUGUGCUGGCGAGGGGAACCAAAUGUUCAACAAUGUACUUCACCGGCUGUCCAGAGUCUUACCAGACAGAGCGAAUCGUUUCUUGAGGACCCCGGUAACGAGGAGGCGACGCUGGCGUUCACCGGAAGUUUGGCGGCCGUGGCCGAAACCCCGGCCAUGUCGGAGCAGGAUCUCUACCAGACGACCGUCCUCUUGGAGACGACCGGUCGCGCCAAGCCCAACAACGCCUCACAGGCCAAAACCAUCAUAAAGGACGUCCUAAAGUGUGGUAGCGGUCUUGUCGCCAAUGACAAGAAGAGUACGUGGGCGGGAAUGGAGCCGGCGACACAACGGAUUGUUGCCGCCUCCCUCAUGCGUUCCGUCGAGAACGUGACGUUGGCGAUGGCGGAAACGUUCACGGAACCCGGAGUUCAGACGAUUGAGGACGAGAACAUAGCCGCUGAAGUGCACGUGUGGUUAAUGGCGAAUACGCUUCCAGGGGAGGGAAAUGUGAAGUUUCAACGGGAAGACAACUCUUUCUACAUACCUGAGGAAAAUAUACUAGCUCAUAGCUCAGGCGGCAUAUCGCGGGCGGUAUUCCUGGAGUAUCGAACAUUUGGCGGACUGUUGGAACCCCAGCAGCCAGCGGAUGUGAGGUCAGAGCGUCGUGUGGCCAGCCGCGUGUUGAGCGCCACUCUCGGAGGAACGAAGGGCCAGGUGCAGCUGACAGAGCCGGUUAUUAUAGCCUUCAAAACGGAAAAGGUGGACGGGGUUGAGCGAUACCAGCACAAAUGUUCGUUCUGGAACUAUAGCCUUGGUUUCACGGGCUCCUGGUCCCAGAAGGGUUGUGCCCUGGACAAAACUAACGAUACCCACACGUUGUGUCGCUGUAACCACCUCACCAGUUUCGCAGUUCUCAUGGACAUACAUAAAACAGAGAUCAAGGAUGUACAUGCGGUGGUCCUGUCAUACAUCACCUACGCCGGGAUCAUCAUCUCUGUCAUCUGCUGUUUCUUCAGCUGGCUUACUUUUGUCUGCCUCAGCUGUCGCUGCAUCAAAGGACCCCGUAGCAGCGCCGACGAACGGGGUCACAGUGGUGGAAGUAGCUACGCGGGCUCCGCAUCUCGUUCCGUUAACGGGGAGCGGAACUCAAUCCACAAACAUCUCGUGUUCACAAUAUUUGUGGCGGAAAUCCUCUUCCUUGCUGGUAUACAGAGGACAGAUAAUAAGAUCGCGUGUGCGGUGAUCGCGGGCGUGCUGCACUUCUUCUUCACAUCAAGCUUCUUCUGGAUGUUUCUAGAGGGUAUCCACAUCCUCUUCAUGCUCGUCCAGGUGUUUGAUGCCGCCAGGUCAAGGGUCAAAUACUACUACCUAGUCGGAUAUGGAUUCCCACUUUUGAUUGUUGGAAUAUCUGCUCUUGUUUAUCAUGAUGGAUAUGGCACUGAGAAAUAUUGCUGGUUGACAUCGGACAGAAUGUUUUUAUGGAGCUUCGCCGGUCCCGUAGCAUUUAUAUUACUGGUAAACCUGUUUAUACUGAUAUACGCCAUGACAGCGGUGUGUAAACAUUCAGAGUAUGUUUUCACGAAGGACAAGUCCCCGACAGGAAACAUAAGGGCGUGGAUCCAAGGCGCCCUGGCACUUGAAGUGUUGCUGGGCCUCACGUGGGUGUUUGGCUACUUCUACAUCAGCGAUGAGGCCCUUCCAUUCGCAUACCUCUUCACCAUUUUCAACUCCCUCCAGGGCCUCUUCAUCUUCGUAUUCCACUGUGUACUCAAUAAAAAGAUCCGCAAGGAAUACCAGCGAUUUAUCGACUACAAGCGGAGACCGACGUCCAGCGGCACCCACUCCACCAAGGCGAACGCUUCCGGUCACUCCAGCGGCCUCCAGCUCCACCACCGCUCAGAGCCAGGCUUCUCCGACAGCUCUAAAACCACCAACGGCAAGGACUACCGCACGUCCACUGAUGCGUGA